UCGUAUCAAUUGUUAAUUUACGAGGAGGAUAAAAGUUUUACUAGAUUAACAGUUCCAUAAAUUACUUCUAUUCGGUAUAUAAUUUCAAAAAUUGGUAGACGAGUACCUAGUUAUUUAAUGGUAAUUAAUGCGAGUGAUGAUGGAUGAUCCCACUAUUAUGUUAAGCACUAUACACCUUGUUCCAAUACAAAAUUCAGACAACAGCAAAAAAAUCACUAAAGUUCAAAACUUAAGCGGUGACAGAUGGAAUUUAGUGAAACUCUUAUUUUUAUACAUACUGCAAGGUGUACCUUUGGGAUUCAGUGAUGCAUUUCCGAUUUUACUAAAAUCUAAACAGUUUUCAUACUAUGACCAGGCAAUAUUUAGUGUGAGCGCGUGGCCGUUUACUUUCAAAAUUUUAUGGGCUCCGUUAGUAGACUCUAUUUAUUGUCCAUCAGUGGGAAGACGAAAAAUGUGGCUCGUUCCUGUACACAUCCUUCUUGGCACUUGUCUACUGGUGUGCAGUUUUUAUAUCAAUGACUGGUUGUCGAAUACCGGAGAUCCAAACUUGAUUCCGCUUACUAUCGUUUGGUUAAUCAUAAAUAUGCUAGCUGCUACUCAAGAUAUUGUAGUUGACGGAUGGGCAUGCUCUAUGCUACAAAAGCAUAACAUACACUACUCUUCAAUGUGUAAUGCUACCGGUCAAUCAGUUGGAUCGUUCUUAGGUUAUGCAGUUCUAUUGUUACUCGGAUCUGAAACGUUUUGCAACAAAUGGCUGCGCUUUUUUCAUAAAUCCGGUAGUAUUAUCACGUUAAAAGGAUAUCUAUAUUUUUGGGGAAUCGUGUACAUUGUAGCUGCGGCAUGCGUGUCUAAAUUCAAAAGCGAAACCCAACCAUCAGCCGAACAAAAAGGUCUGGGCGUAUUAAACACGUAUAAGCUACUCUGGGACAUAAUAAAGUUGCGAAACGUUAAGAUACUAGGCAUGAUAUUUUUAACUGCCAAAUUAGGAUUCGCCACUGUCGACACAGUGACUAAUAUGGAAUUCAUGGAAGCUGGAGUAUCUGAAAACAAUAUUGUAAUAAUUGGCAUAAUGGUGUUUUUAGUAAAAUUGAUAGUUCCUGUAGCUACAACUAAAAUAACAAAUUCAAUAAAAUCGAUGGAUGUUUUCAUGAAGUGUAUACCAUUCAGAUUGCUGCAUGGUUUGGUAUUCUCGGUGCUGUUAUAUUACACUCCAACACUUUUGAGAGCCAGCGUUAUUGUCCAAACAUGUUUUUACACCAUGUUGGGAUGCACCUUUAUAACACACCAAAUUUUUUCAUUCACUAUGUAUGUAAUUUACCUGUCGUUUGUAUCAAAAGUAAGUGAUCCAAAAUUUGGUGGAAUUUACAUGACAUUGCUGAGCACGUUUGCAAACGUUAGCUUAGCUAUUACAAAGACGGGUUCACUUUGGUUGGUUGAUGUUCUUACCUUCAAACAAUGUACUGCAAAUUCUCAAAACUAUUGUGAAGCUUCAACAUCGAUCAAAUCUUGUCGAGCAAUGGGUGGCAAAUGCAGUACCAUAAUCGAUGGAUUCUAUGCCGAGAUAAUUAUAUCUUCUAUUUUGGGUAUAUUAUGGUUAUGUAUAAUAAAAAAACCAUUAAUUAAUUUAUACCACAGUGAUCGAAAAAAUUGGCUUGUUUACAAUGAAGACAAUUUAGUAAAAGUAAAUGUUAAUGACACUAUUUAAAUGUUAAGAAAAAUAUA